AGGGCGUCCGCAGUCGUGCCCACGCACGCCUGCUGUUUGCCGCCGUCUGGGUAGACGUUACGUUGUCAUGCGUUGUCGUCGUUAAUUUCCCUUGCGAGGACGGUUGUGUUACAUGGCCGGCGUGAUCCGCAAGUUGCCAGUGGUCGUCCUCGUCGUGAUUCUGCUUCUAGUUGUCGUCUUUGUUCAGGUGUGCAUAUUGGGGAGGUUGCCUUCACAUAGUCGCAGGAAACAAGGGGUGAGGAAGAGCGUGGCCAUGGACGGGCGGCGGCCGAAUGUUGCCACGUUGUCGGACACUUAUCCCAGCCACCGGCCUGCGAUCAGCACCGGUGUAGACACAAGGGCGGCAGGUCCGUCGCCGUACGAAGGACUCCCGCCUCACAAGCAGCCUCUGCCGGAUUCGGACGAGGGGGAGGCGGACGUGGACGUGUCCAACACAAUUCCGCUGGGUAGCGGGUCGACCCAGGAAUGGACGGGUAGCCAGUUGUUUGAUCGGCGCGGAGCGAAGUACAGGCAGUCGUUCACUUCCCUCCUCCACGAAGGUGCCCAGGAAGAGGAACGCCUCCCCCUUGUGGAUCUCACAUUUGGCCUGCAGAGCGGGAGCCCAUCUUUUGCCACGCACACUGUGCUCGUGAACCCUCAUCCCAACGACGACGGGGGGCAGGUGACAUUGGUCGGCAGGGGCACGAGGGGUAGUUCUGCGCCUAAGGAGACGUCCGAGAAGACGAGGGAGCGGCCUCGAGUGCAGGCGACUUCUGGCCCGUCAAUUCCAUGCACCACCGCUGGUCGCCCUGAGUGGAUGAACCCCCCUCCUGCGUUCUCCAGGGGCCGCGACACCGUUCCUCGUCCAGUUGAACGGGGUGUGAGUGAGGAGGACUUCCCUUUCGAGGGCGCGCGUGGAGAUGGCAGGCGGGUAUGGAAGGAGUCGAGGCAGGAGUUGGGGCGGCAGCAAGAAGAGUCCAUAACGCAAGGUGUGCAGCGAUUACGCGUGGGCGAGCGGGCCGGGCAAGCAGACGCGGUUGGCGGGGGGGGUGACGUCUGGACAGACGGUGACGAAGUUGAGUGCGACGCUGAGGAGGACGACAGCGGUGACGUGUUCCCGUUGCGUGCGCCGAACAUGGGUGGCAGGGGCGGCAGAGGCAGGGCUUCGACGAAUGGUGGGCGGCGGCGGAAGAGGCCGUCGGCGACCUCUGCUGAUGCGGAAGGUGAGGGGGAUGGGGAGGGUGGCCGGAAUUUCUGGUCUUUGGAUCACAUGGUGGCCCUCAUAAGGGCGAAGCGGGAUCAAGACGCCCAGCUGCAAGCGACCGGGCACGCAUUCGCACGGAUGCGGUCGAGGGAGUGGAUAUGGUUGGACGUCCGGGAGAGGUUGCUGAAGGCCGGUGUUGACAGGCCGGUAGACAAAUGCGGGAAGAAAUGGGAUAAUCGCAUGCAAGAGUUCAAAAAGAUGCACACUUUCAUGGGCAUGUCGGGGAAGGAGGACUUCUUCCAGUUGACGAGUCAGUAGAGGGCAGAGAAAGGAUUCAACUUCAACAUGGAUUGGGCCGUCUACAAGGAGAUCAAAGGGGGGAAGGAGAGGAACCACACUAUCAGCCCGAGCAAUGUUGCAGA